AUGAUUAAAUUUAAGAUUGGUAGAAGUAAUAAAAAAUAUGAGAAAAAAAGUAAUAUAGAUAAUAAUGAGGAAAAUAUAAAAAAAAAAAGUUGUGAUGAUAAUAUAUUAAAUGAUCAAGUUGCAACAGAUUUGAAUUCAGAAGAAUUAAAUGAAAAGAAUUAUAUAAACGAAAUAUUAGAUGAAUCUAGUGAAGAUGAUGGUAACGUCAUAAAUUCUUCAUAUGAAGAAAACAAGAAAACAAAAAACAAAGAAGAAAGCUAUUAUUAUAUUAAUGAUGCAAUAAAAAGAAAUUAUCCAUUAGAAUAUGAGGAUAAUAAAAUAUAUCCAAAAGUAUAUUGUUAUGAACCUACUAAUUUUGAAAAUUUUAAAAAAAAAAUUAAAAAUAAAAAUGAGUUGAGGCAUUAUGAAUGUUAUUCAUCAACCAUGAAUGAAUUUUUUUAUAAAUAUAAUGAAAAUUAUUAUGAUGAUAUUUUAAAAAAUGAAAGUUUUAAAAAAUUUGCUGAAGAAUUAUGGUCCAACAGAAGUCAUAUUAAAACAGAUCAACAAUAUCAAGAUCUUUGUGUACAGUUAAGAAAAAAAUAUAAAAUUAGCCCUUCAAAGCAUCAAAUAAGUGUUGCUUUACAACAUCAUUAUUUACAAUCAUUGGAUGAUGAUAAGAAGGAUAUGGAAAGUAUUAUGGAACUACAAAAAAAUUGUGAUCACAUAAGUGACAUAAAGGAUAUAGAUAAUAUUAUCGGUAUGGAUAACACAAAUUGUGGGGAUAGUACAAAUCGUGGGGAUAGUACAAAUCGUGUGGAUAGUACAAAUCGUGUGGAUAGUACAAAUCGUGUGGAUAGCACAAAUCGUGUGGAUAACACAAACCGUGUGGAUAACACAAACCGUGUGGAUAACACAAAUCUUGUGGAUAACACAAACCGUGUGGAUAACACAAACCGUGUGGAUAACACAAACCAUAUGAACAACAUGAAUAAGCAUGACAGUAGUCAUGUAGAUGAAACAAACGCUCCUAGUGAAGAGGAUGAAUUUAUGAUAAACAAAAAAGGGAAAGAUGUCAAAUUUGUGUUAGAAAAUGUUAAUAAGAUGAUUAUUACCAAAGAAAUGAAAAAUUAUAAAGAUUUAGAUAAAGAAAGUGUACAUUUCUUACAAAUUAAUAAACGUAAAGGGGUUCGAUCGAAUAGUGGUGUUUUAGUUGUAACCAUUAUUACACAUCCUCAUAAAUUUAGCUGCAAAUAUGAUUGUCAUUAUUGUCCUAAUGAACCUAACCAACCACGUUCUUACUUAUCUACAGAACCAGCCAUAUUAAGAGCUAACCAAAAUAAUUUUGACGUCAUUUGUCAAUUCUUUAAUAGAACUACUACUUUAGUAAAUAAUGGACAUGUUGCAGAUAAAAUCGAAGUCCUAGUAUUAGGUGGUACUUGGAGUUGCUAUGAUAUCGCUUACCAAGAAGAAUUCAUAAGAGAUGUAUAUUAUGCUGCAAAUAUAUAUCCUGUUUUAAAAGAUAGAAGAAAAAAAUUAACUCUAAAAGAAGAACAAGAAAUUAAUGAAAAAAGUAAUUGCAGAAUUAUAGGUUUAACUUUAGAAACAAGACCUGAUCAAAUUAAUAAAGAUGAAUUACUAAGAUUAAGGUAUUAUGGUUGUACAAGAGUUCAAUUAGGUAUUCAACAUAUAGAUGAUGUUAUCUUAAAAAAAGUUAAUAGACAGUGUACUUUAAAAGAUUGUAUAAGAGCAAUUUAUUUAUUAAAAGAAAAUGGAUUUAAAGUUGAUAUUCAUCUAAUGCCUGAUCUACCAUAUUCUGAUGUAUAUAAAGAUAUUCAUAUGUUUAAAUAUGUUUUAAGUUCAACAGAUUUACAAGCUGAUCAAUGGAAAAUUUAUCCAUGUGAAAUUACACCAUUUACUAAAAUUGAAAAGUGGUAUAAUAAUAAUGAAUAUAAACCAUAUUUUGAAACAAAUAAAAAUCUCCUAAUUUCAGUAAUUCUACUUGUUAAAAAAUCUAUACACCCAUGGAUCAGACUUAAUCGUGUUAUUAGAGAUAUUCCAAACCCUUCCAUCAUUGCUGGAAAUAAUAUAACAAAUAUGAGACAACUUAUAGCUAACGAAAUGAAUAUAAGAAAUAUUUUCUGCCAAUGUAUUAGGUGUAAAGAAGUCAAAAAUCAAGAAAUCGAAAAAAAAAGUGAUUCCAUAUUUUUAAGAAUUUAUAAAUAUCCAACACUUGGAGGUGACGAAUACUUUAUUACUUUCCAAGGCAGAAAGAAAGUUGUUAACCACCAUGGAAAAAAAAAUAAAAAAAACAAAAAAAGUAAAACCUCAAAAAAAGACAGCCUUAAUCAAAAAUAUAAUGAUGAACAAAUGAAGGAAAAAGAUAACAAUAAAAAAAUAAAAAAUAAUGAUAAUAAUAAUAAUGAUAAUAAUAAUAAUAAUAAUAAUAAUAAUAAUAAUAAUAAUAAUAAUGAUAAUAUUAAUAAUAAUAAUGAUAAUAAUAAUGAUAAUAAUUGUAAUAAUAAUUAUUAUUCUGAUUCUAAUGGUCAUCUUUCUUCAACGUCCAACGUUCUGGAAAAUAUGGAAACGUUCUUUAAUCAACAUGAGACAGAAAAUAAUCAAAUCAACCAUUCACAUAAUACACAAUAUGAACAUUCAGGUGCUAGCCAAAAUAAUAUAAAUUCUGAACAUUUAGGUGCUAGCCAAAAGAAUAAAAAUUCUGAACAGUCAGGUGGUAAUCCAGAAAAUGUUCAUAAUACCAAUGUCCCACAAAAUAAGAUGGAUACAGAAAUUCCCAUAGAUCACAACAUUUACGAAGAUUAUGAUAAUGAAUAUUCCUUAUUAGGAUUUUUAAGAUUACGAUUACGAAAGAAAAAUAACUAUUGUGAUGAUCGACCGUUUAAAUGUUUAGAGAAUUCAGCAUUAAUAAGAGAGUUGCAUGUAUAUGGGUCUUUAUUAAAGCAUGACGAUUUUAAAGAUGAGUUAAAUUUUAUUCAACAUAAGGGAUUAGGAAAGUGUUUAGUGUUAGUAGCAGAAAUCAUAUCAUAUUUUUACAAUUACAGAAAAGUAUCGAUAAUAGCAGGUGUCGGUACAAGGGAAUAUUAUAAAAAGUUGGGAUAUACAAAAGAGGAAACAUAUGUGACCAAAAUAUUAAAGAGAGAGGAAAUAUAUAAAAAUUAUUUAUUAAAUAUUGAUAGAAUAGGAAAGACAAUAUUAAUACAUGAAUAUAAUUUAAAGCAUUGUUUAUAUUUAAUGCAUAAAGAAAUACCUGAACCAUCAAAAUAUAAACGUACUGAAAUAACAAAUUUAAAUUCUUAUAUAAAUGAAAAUAUACUUCAUUCAUCAGAUAUGAAAAAUUAUUUAGUCCAUAAAAAAAAAUGUACUACAUCAUCCAUAAAUGUUCAACGUUUAUUGGAAACCGAAACAAAUCAAAUUGUUAAUAUCUUAUGGAAUCAAUUUAAUAAAUGGUCCCUUGACUUUUUAAUUAAAAAUCGUUUAAUUUUCAAUGUAUCAACAAUUGUAUUUUUUAGUUCAACCUUUUUAUUUACCAUCCAAUUUUUUAAAAAGAGAAACAUUAAUACGUAG